AUGAAGUUUUUUGUUAUUUUAUUUGCCUUCAUAUGUGUUGCUUCAGCAGCUGUAUUCCAACACCAACUUCAUAAAGUUGAGUCAACCCGUAAACGUCUUACUAAAGCCGGAAAAUGGCCAGCAUACAUGAAAUAUAAGAAUUUCUUGAGACACCAAGCAAAACAACAAGUUUUGGCAUCAGUUUCCCAAAAUGUUAAUGAUUAUGAUGAUUUGGAAUAUCUCGGAAACAUCACAAUUGGAACACCAGGACAACAAUUCGUUGUCGUUCUUGAUACUGGAUCAAGUAAUCUUUGGAUUCCAGAUGUUACUUGUGGACAAGGAGGUUCAUCUGACUGCCCAUCAUACUGUUCUGAUGCUGAAUUCUGUCAAUUCCUCUGUGACCCAAGUUGCUGCAGCUCAAUGAAGUCUGUUAAAUCAAACUGUGAUGGAAAACACAAAUUCGAUUCUUCAAAAUCAUCAACCUAUGUUAAGAACGGACAAUCAUGGACAAUCCAAUACGGAUCUGGAGAUGCUAAUGGUUUCCUUGGACAAGAUACCGUUUCUUUCGUAGGAAGCAAAGGAAAUCUUGCUAUCCCAAAAACCGUUUUUGGACAAGCCCAACAAAUUUCUUCUGAUUUUGCCAAUGACCCAACUGACGGUAUUCUUGGUCUUGCUUUCACCAGUCUUGCUGUCGACGGUGUUGUUCCACCACUUAUUCUUGCUAACCAACAAGGACUUCUUGAUAAGCCACUUUUCACCGUUCACCUUCAACACGAUGGUGCUGUUAACGGAAACAUUGGAGGAGUUUUCACAUAUGGUGCUAUUGAUACCACCAACUGUGGACCAAUCAUUGCUUACCAAAAACUUUCUUCUGCUACAUACUGGCAAUUCAAAAUGAACUCUAUCUCUAUUGGAUCCGCUUCAUUCAACAAUGGAUGGGACGUCAUUUCUGAUACUGGUACAUCACUUUUGGCUGCACCAACAAAUAUCGCUGAUUCUGUUGCACAAGCCGCUGGUGCUCAAUACAAUGACCAAUAUCAAUCAUAUUUAGUCAGCUGUACCGCUAAGGUUCCAGACAUGAAACUCGUCAUUGGAUCAAACACAUACACAAUCCCAGGAUCAAAACUUGUUGAUGAUGUUGGUUUAGGAAAUGGACAAUGUAUGUUCGGAGUCUUCGGAAUGGAUAUUGGUAUGGGAUUAUCAUUCAUCCUCGGAGAUCCAUUCAUAGAAAGUUACUGUAACAUUUUCGAUUUUGGAAACAACAGAAUCGGAUUUGCUCAAUCCAAAUAA